AUGUCUUCUCCACCACCAAGAAAGCGAGUCACACAAGCGUGCCAGCCUUGUGGGCUAAAGAAGGUCAAGUGUGACGGUGUCUAUCCCGUAUGUAGCCCUUGUCAAAACAAGGGACUAAGCUGUGCCUAUGGAGUUUCGAAACGAAGGCAAGUGGUGACACGGGUGCACCCCAUCCAUGGACCGAGAAAUCUACAGUCACGUCAGUCACUCUCCAACAUGUCUCCGGGAGGGUCAAGUGAGCACGUGCAGGCGUCCAGUGGCUACAUUACGAGUGAUUCUACAGCACCUGAGUUGUCAUAUAAAUCGCGAAUCACUCUUGGUAUGAUAUCUGGAGCGGCCUCCACACGACUACUUCAGACAUAUUUCAAUUGUCUACAUCCUCUCUGGCCAAUUCUGUACAAGCCACUUUACUCGUCAUCUGAUUAUGCAAAUCCUACCAAUAUGAUGGCUCCUGCUUUGGUUGCUGCUAUAUUCGCUAUCGCUUCUUGCGUGGACGGACCUCAGCAAUACACCACGAACACAAUCGUGCAGAAGUUUCCAGAGCCAAUUCAAUUUUUCGAGGAAGCAUUGAAUCUGCUUCAGCUUAGCGAUGCUGGGGGCACAAACCGCAGCCUUGCCAAUGCCCUGACUCCAUCUAUCACGAAUUGUCAAGUGCUGACAAUUUUAUCACUACAGCAGCAUGGUGUCGCUGAAUACUCCCGGGCAGCGAUUCUCUGCGGCCUCGCAUCGGCAAUGGCCAUCGAGCUGCGUAUACAUAGGCCAUGCGAGUCUGAGGAUCCUAUAAAACGAGAGAUCCAGUCUCGACUCUGGUGGAACCUCUAUAUCUUGGAGAAGAUGAUGUCCACUGAAAUGGGAAGGCCCGUACUGCUCAGGUCGGAAGAAUCGGAUUGUCCCUUCCCGUCAGUUGCAGAGGCAGACGAGUUCGAGUUGAUGUCCGCUCAGAGUGCAUCUCAGGGCACUGCAGCUCACCUGAGAAGUGUGCCAACCAAGCUACGAACGAUCUCCGGCCUCCACUCAACGAUCAAGCUUUCCGCCCUCAUCGAACGAAUUUCAAGGGAAAUCUAUGGCAUCUCGGCACGAACAGUUAUCCGCGGUAACCAGAAUGAAGGAGAGGCAAAGAGAAUGCAGUUGUGGUUUGCACUGCAAGGAUGGGAGAGGGAAAUGGAAGGAUCUCCAUUGAAGCUUGACUUGAGCAAGGAGUUGACCUCUGUUCCUGCAGCAGUCACCAAUUAUGUGAUUAUGUGGCAUGCUACCAUUUUGCUCCAUCGCCCUUUCAUCGCCAGAUGGUCUUUGAACACAGGAGGCACGGACUCCGCCAAUCCACUUGACGUCUGUUUACAAGCUGCGAAUAACAUUUGCUUAGUUUUGGAAAAGUACUUUAAUCGCCUGCUGGGAUUGCCUUGUGAUAUGAUCUUUAGUGUAUUUACAGCUGCUAGUAUGCUAUUGUAUCAGUCAAAGCAGCGUCAGGAUGCAAGUGGGGAGUAUCGACCGAGACUCAGGCUUUGUGUUCAUUGGCUCUCUGUGUUGGGGAAGUCCUGGAAAAGUGCAGGUGCAAGGCAUCAAUUGCUAUCCGACAUGUUCGAUCUCCCUAAGCAUCUUGACGAUCAAUGGCCCAACAAUACCACUGAACAACCUCAGCCUCAGACUACUGACCAGCAGCCUCGCUGGACAGCUGUUCCACAACACGCAGCUGGAGAUGUCCCUAUAAGUAAUGCACCGACGCAAUCACCGGAAGACUGGACCUUCUUACGAGACUUCGGAGACCCGACUGAUGAAUUUUACGAGCUUGAUGUGCAACUCCGAGGCCUGCUCGAUGGCGGUUUUGAUCCGGCGGCGUUCAGCUUUAGUGGCUAA